AUGGGGGCAGAACAAUCGAAUACUAAGAGCAGUUUGCUGAAAAAUUUUACGUACUUGAUAGAUAAUGAAAAUAAAAAUGGAAGAUUUCAACCUAAAUUAAUGUAUUUUGAUUACUUGAAUUUUUUACUAUAUGAAAUAGAACAUAAAGCAUGGAAUUGGAAAAUAUAUAGUGAUUAUGUAGAACAACAUGGAAAAGGUGGUACUCUUACAGGUGAGGAAAAAUUAUUUUGUGGAUGGAAGGAAAUACAAGAACAAAUAUUCCAUAAAUUGGAUGAACAAAUAAAACCUCCAAAUCAAAAGAAAUAUAAUUGGACCGAACAUGCAUUACCACUAAUAAAUAUAGGAGGAAAAAAAUCAGGUAUUAAAGAAGAUUGUAAAAAAAAAAAUAUAGAUAUUAAGGCUAUCAAAGAAUUGCAGAGUCCUAUUUUUCCAGCUCUACCUGGAGGAACAUCAAGUACUUAUUGUAUUGGUUUAAAAACAUCGAAAGAUAUACAUGUACCUCUACGUCGUCGAACACUAUUAGUUGAGGAAAUACAUGAAUAUCUUAAAGAAAUUAGUGAAAAAAUUACGAACAGAAAUAUUUUACAAGAAGUGAUAGAAGGUAAAUUAGAACCAGCAACACAAAGAGGAAAUGUUGCAGUUAGUCUGAAAAAGGAAAUGAUUGAUGGGUUAAGUAUUGAAUUUAGCAAACUUAUAAAUGAAAAAUAUAAAGAUACCGAACAUGAUAAGUUUUGUAAAGAAUGGCAACGUACAAUGGAUGAUUACCAUACAUUAUUUCUAGGAGAAGAUAUAGUUGACGAAAAUGAAAGUAAAGGAAUUCAAUGUUCAAUAAAACAAAUUGAAUCGAAGGUGGGAGGAAAAGCAAUAGAUUUUAAAAAGGAAUGGAGCAAACAUUUUAAAACAAUUGUACAAGAAUUAUGGAAAAAGAAAUUUCACGAUCGAAAUACAAACAAACCUUGUGAUAUAUCUAGUGAAAAUAAAACCCAAUGUAUUCGUUUCUUUGAAGAAUGGGCAGAAGAGUUCUGUAAAUUAAAAAAAGAACUGGGAGAUAUGAUUGUAACAAAUUGUAAAAAUCAAAAUAAUUCGAACUCUUCAGAAUGUACAGGAGUAUGUAAUAUAUAUGAAAAGUUUUUGAAAGAGUCACAACCGUAUUAUGAUAAUUAUAAAAAUACAUGUAUGGAACAAAAAUAUGGAUAUGAUGAUAGCACAAAGGACUUACUAGAUCGUUUCAUACAAGCGGUUAGUAAAAGUAUGAAUGAAUGCUGUAAAGAUUAUGGUGACUGUAAUGACCAAGAAUUAUUUCAACUUAAUAACGAUAAAAGUAAUAUCAGAUAUAAAUGUUUUUGUAAAGAAGGAAAAUAUUAUUCAAAACAGGAUAGUCAACAAGAAUGUAAACAAAUCCUAAAUACUGGUAGUACAGUUCAAGGUCGCUCACUUCCUGCACAGUCACUUGCUAGUAUGUCACAAAGUGGUGUUUCUUCUAGUGCCGCGUGUGGAGCAAACAGUGGUGGUAAAGGACCAAGUGCCACCGUGAGUACUAUAGCCACCGCAAUUCAGACGGAGGUAAACAAACAAGCAACUACUAGUGGUAAAGAGGGUACUGACAGUAAGGGGGAGCUCAGAGCAGAAUUAAAAGAAGCAAAAUUUGGAAAGACUGGAACUAAGCUGACUAAUGGAGAUGCUUGCUCGCUUCAAAAAGACCAACAUACUAAUGAUGAACGUACAUAUGACUCUACGGCUAAUGGUACACAAGAUGGUAAACAUAGUGGCCCAUGUACAGGAAAAGGUGGAGUUGACAAAGACAGAUUUAAAAUAGGAAAACAAUGGAAACCGCAUGACAAAGUUGAUGAUAAGCACAAAGGAAUAUUAUUUCCUCCUAGAAGACUAGAUAUGUGCACUUCAAACUUAGAAAAUUUGAACACGAAAGAUGGAAGCCCACUUUUAGGUGAUAAGGCAAAGGAAUCAUUAUUAGGAGAUGUAUUAUUAGCUGCAAAAGAGGAAGCACAAAGCAUAAUAGAUCUGUAUAAAGAAAAGAAUCAACUAAGUAACCUAAAUGAACAAAAAGACAAAGAAACUGUAUGCAGAUCUAUGAAAGCUAGUUUUGCUGAUAUCGGAGAUAUUAUAAGAGGAAGAGAUAUAUGGACUAAAGAAAGUGGUAAUAAACAACUACAAGAACGUUUGGUAAAAAUAUUUGAAAAAAUUAAAGGAAAUACUCGACUCCGAAAUAUAUAUAAAGAUGGUGAUCCAUAUACCGAAAUGAGAAAAGAAUGGUGGGAACUAAAUAGAGAUCAAGUAUGGCAAGCAAUGUUAUGUGCAAAAGACGGCGGUACAUCUCCAUGUGAUGAUACAUCUAGUGGUUCUCGUGGUCCUCCUCGUGGUCGCGGUCGUAGUGGUAGUAACACACCGUUUGAUGACUACAUCCCCCAGAAACUUCGAUGGUUAACGGAAUGGGCCGAAUGGUUCUGCAAGGCACAAAAAGAGGAGUAUAACAAGGUGAAACAGGCGUGUAAUGGCUGUAAAGAUAUUAAGAAGGGUGAAACAUGUACAAAUUGUGCAAAAUGUAAAGAAGAAUGUGGUAAAUAUCAAAAAUUUAUUGAAGAAUGGAAAAAAGAUUGGGAAACACAACAAAAACAAUACAAAACAUUAUACGAAGGAGCAAAAUCUAGUAGUAGUAGUAGUUCUGGUACUAUUGAUGAAAAUCAGAAAUAUCUUGACUUAUUUUUAAACAAAUUACAACAAGCAAAUAGUGGUAAGAAUACCAUUUAUGAUAGCGCUGAAGGAUAUGUACAAAAAGAAGCACAUCGUGGUGAUUGUAAUACACAAAAUGAAUUUUGUGAAAACAAAACUGGUGGUACUAACGACAAAUAUGUGUUUCUCCCUGCACCUAGUGACUACAAAGUUGCGUGUGAGUGCGAUAGUUCGACACCAUGUGAUGUGGUGAAAACACUUAUGGAGAAAAAGGAUCAAGGUGCAGGUAAAAUAGAUGGGUGUAAUAAAAAAGAACACGCAGAUUUUGAUUGCAGCAAUAAUAGCGUUGAUACAACAAAUCAUAAUGGAGCAUGUAUGCCUGGUAGGAGACGAAAAUUAUGUGUAAAUUAUUUGAAAAGCAUGAAGGGUAAUCAACAAAAAGAUUUAAGAGAAGCAUUUAUUAAAACAGGAGCAGCUGAAACUAAUUUGUUAUGGGAUAAAUACAAAACAGAUAACAGUAAUAAGACAACGUUAGAUCAAGAUUUAAAAGAAGGAAAAAUACCUGAAGAAUUUAAAAGAAUCAUGAUGUAUACUUUUGGUGAUUUAAAAGAUUUAUGUUUAAAUACAGAUAUAUCAGUAAACGAUACAGGGAAAAAUCCUCAUGUGGAAGAAGCAAAAAAUAAAAUAACUACUGCUUUCUCAAAAAUUAAUAAUGGCCAAAACUCUGAUGAUGCAAAGCGUAAUAAAUUUUGGGAAACUAAUGGUCCACUUAUUUGGGAAGGGAUGUUAUGUGGGUUAUCACAUGCUGCGGGGGGUACAGACCAAACGGAACGAGCAGGUGUUAAAACAAAACUCGAAAACAACAACUACAAGUAUGGUAGUGUCACAUUUGGUGAUGGUACUACCACUGGUGUGACGUUAUCCACGUUUGUGGCUCGACCACAAUUUUUACGCUGGAUGACCGAAUGGGGGGAACAAUAUUGUGUGACACAGGCGAAGGAGUACCACAAGGUUGAAACAGCAUGUAAGAAAUGUAAUCCCAGUAAUCCUAGUACUGGUACUAAUGGUAAAUCAACAUGUGAUAAAAAGAGUCAAGAAUGUUCUGGAUGUGAACCUGCGUGCCAAAAAUAUCAACAAAUGGUAACAAAAUGGGAAGGUGAGUGGAAAAAACAAAAAGGAAAAUACGAGAAAUUAUACAAAGAAGUAAAACAAAAUGGCAGGACUGCUUCUACAGAUCAAGAGACAGUUAAAUACUUGAAAACAUUAUCUAGUGAUGGUAAAAAAACCAAUUAUGAUAGUGCUGGGAAAUAUUUGAAAGAAGAAGGAUAUAUAAGUGAAUGUCAGGUACAAAAAGAUUUCGCUAGUGGUAGUGCCAACGAAUAUGCGUUUAAAGAUUACCCCCAUACGUAUACAUCCCAUUGUACGUGCGAACAAAAACCGCCACAAAAACCCAAAUGUACGAAUAAUAAAAUUCUUGAUGCGGCAAACAUCAAACAAUAUGACGCAGAAAAUGAGGUGCAUCAAAGUGGUAUUCGUGAUAAGUUAAGGGGAAAUUUAUCACAAGCACAAUUUGGAAAGAGGGGUAAGGACAGUAAACUGAAAAAAGAAGAAGUUUGUUCUCUUAAGAAAGAUGAACAUACUAAUGACGUUAGACAUUAUACUCCUAAUCCUAGUAGUGAUCCUAAAGAUCAUCAAGGACCAUGUACAGGUAAAGGAAAUGGAAAAGAAGCAAAAGAUCAACGAUUUAUUAUAGGACAAUCAUGGGAAGAGGGUGGAGUUACAGAAAUGCGUCAAAACCAUGAUAAAGUUCUUCUACCUCCUAGAAGAAAACAUAUGUGUACAUCAAAUUUAGAAAAUUUAGGAGCAAGUGGACAACUGGGCGAACCACUUAGCAAAGUGGAAAACUCCAAAUUUAACCACUCGUUUUUGGGCGAUGUCCUCUUGGCCGCCAAAUUUGAAGGCGACGAUAUCGUACACAAACUUAGUAGCAAAAGUGACAUUCCAGGUAUAUGUAAUGCUAUGAAGUACAGUUUUGCCGACUUAGGUGACAUUAUACGUGGGAGAGACUUAUGGAGUAAAAAUAAAGAUAUGGCGCAGUUAGAAACACAUUUAAAGGCAAUAUUUGCUAAAAUAUACGAAAGCGAUACUAAUAUCAAAACCAAAUAUAAAGACACCAGUGGCGGCAAAUAUACCACACUACGUGAGGCCUGGUGGUCGGCGAACCGCGACCAAGUAUGGAAAGCACUAACAUGCACAGCUCCCGCGGAGGCAGACCUAUAUAUACCAAAACCUAAAAGUGUGACCGGCACAUAUACGUUCCAACGUUAUAAGUGCGGCCGCGACUCGUAUGUCCCCCCGGACGAUUAUAUCCCUCAAAAAUUACGCUGGAUGACCGAAUGGUCCGAAAGUUACUGCAAACAGUUGGAGAGAAAUUUUUGGUGGGUCAAAGCAUUUUGUCAGGCGUGCAAAAAAGCGAAACACACAUCAAAGGACACUGUGUGUGAACGAUGUAGAGCUAACUGUAAAGUAUAUAAAGAACAUGUUAAUAAAUGGAAAGAUGAUUGGGAAAAACAACAAAGACAAUAUGAAGAAUUAUACAAUGGUACUGGUAGUACUCAUAAUGAUGAUAUUAAAAAAGAACAUGAAAAUUUUCUAAAAACAGUAAAGGAAAACAACAAAAACCUUUGUGAUGGUAAAACUAACGACACAAACGAGUACAAAUCCCUAUCUGAUUAUGUUACUUCAAUGGGAGGAAGUACUUAUUGUAAUGACACAACGCAAAAAAAAUUUGAAAAAGACACAAAGAAUGGUAGUGACGACAGUGUAUUUAAGGAACAUCCAAAUAAAUAUGACACGGAAUGUAAAGAUGAUGAUAAGAAACCUAAUACACCUACGACGACACCAAAACCAACGGCUCCAGAAAAAGUAUGUGAAACGGUGAAGGAAUGUAUUGAACAAAAUGAACAACAAAUAAAUAGUAACAAUGGUCAAGGAUAUUGUAAUGAAAAAAAAGACCCAUUUAAUUGGGAAUGUGAUGGAAAUAAGUUUAAAGAUGGAGAAGGACCUUGUAUGCCCCCUAGGAGACAAAAAUUAUGCGUACAUUAUUUGAAAGAUUUGAAUGGUAGUAAUAAAACUACAGAUGAUUUGAGACAAGCAUUUAUAAAAUGUGCAGCUCUAGAAACAUAUUUUGCUUGGAAAAAAUAUAAGGAAGAUAAAAAAAAAGAGAAAUCUCCAACAGCAACCAACCUACAUGAACAAUUAAAAAAUGGAAAUAUCCCUGAUGACUUUUUACGUUCCAUGUUCUUUACAUAUGGAGAUUUUAUGGAUUUGUGUUUAGAUAAAGAUAUAGGUAAAACAACAACAGGUGAUGAUGUAGAUAAAGCAAGAAAAAAUAUAGAUAAUGUUUUUAAACCAAAAAAUGGCAAACCUAAUGGCAAAGUUGAUGAAACAGAACGUGAAAAAUGGUGGGAUGAAAAGGGUCUAGAUAUUUGGCAUGGAAUGGUUUGUGCCCUAUCACAUACUGUAGGUGCUACUGAAAAAGACUCAGUGCAAGCAAAACUUCUUGAAAACUACAAAUAUGACUCUAAUAAAUUAACUUCUAAAAUGGAUCUGAAUGUCCUCUACAGUCAUACAACUCCUCAAUUUUUAAGAUGGUAUACUGAAUGGAGUGAAGAAUUUUGCGAUAAACAAAAAAAAGAGUUCGCACAAUUAUACAGUAAGUGCAAUAAAUGUAAUGUUAAAACUGGUACUAAAACAUGCGACAAUGAGACUGAAUGUAAAGAAUGUAAAAAACAGUGUUCACAAUAUACAAAUUUUAUUAAUAAAUGGAAAUCUGAUUGGGAUAAACAAAACCAACAUUAUAAUAAGGUGAAAAAUGAAGAUCCAUAUAAAGAUGCUCCUCUUGUGGACAGCAAUACCCCUGCACACGAAUAUUUAUAUGAAUCAUUAGAACUUUUUGGAUUGCACGAUAAUUGUAUGAAAACGGCCUCGUCACAACCACAAAAAAGUGGUGCCACCACUGGUGUGGAUAUGCCGCAAGCGUUAGAUCAAUACCCGCCAGAUAAAGACGAGUAUGAGAAGAAGUGUGAGUGCCAGGAGGACACGAAACCUGGUGGUGGUGGUGGAAGUGGUGGUGGUAGUGGACCACAAAAACCACAAAGUCAGAAAGAGGAGUGUAAAAUUGAGGAAUAUAUUAAAGAAAAUGAUCAGACAAAAGCACAAAACAGUGGUUCUGGAGGAGGUUGUAAUGAAAAAGAUUUUAAAAAUAAAAAUUGGGAUUGUAAAGAUAAGAUUGAUGAAAAAUAUCGUGAUGGACCCUGUAUGUCUCCUAGAAGACAAUCAUUAUGUAUUCAUUAUUUAUCACAUAGUGAGGAAAAAAAUAAAAUAAAUAAACCAGAUGAUUUGAAAAAUAAUGUUAUGAAAUCUGCAGCAUUAGAAACAUAUUUUUUAUGGGAACAAUAUAAAGGAACUCAUAGUGCUGAGGCCAAAAAAUUAAAAGAUGGUGAAAUUCCUCCUGAAUUUUUACGAAUGAUGUUCUAUACGAUUGGAGAUUUUAAAGAUUUAAUUACAGGAAAAGAUUUAGGUAUUCUAUCAGGUAAUAACACUAUAGAGCCAAAAGUAAAAGACAUAUUAUCUAAACAAACUAGUGCCCCCAAAGAACCCAAAAAUUGGUGGAAUACUAUUGAAAAAGAAGUUUGGGAAGCUAUGUUAUGUUCUUUAACGCAUCCAACAAUUGGGGGUAAGGACGAAAUCAAAACCAAGUACAAAUAUGACGAAGUCAAAUUCGGUGAUCCUACCACUGGUGUGACGUUAAACCACUUUGCGAGCCGCCCACAAUUUUUACGAUGGAUGACCGAAUGGUACGACGAUUAUUGUCAAAAGAAACACACAAAAUUGGAAGCGGUAAAAAACACAUGUAAACCGAGUAGUAGCGAACUCAAAUGUGAUGACACAUGUGAUGAAAAAUGUGGUGAAUACACAAAAUUUAUGGAGGAGAGAAAAACACAUUGGGAAAAACAACAAGGAUAUUAUACUUCAGAAAAACAAAAAAGUGGACAAAAUAAAGAUUAUACUGAACCAGAUGCUACCAAAUACUUACAAAAAAAUUUUACUGUUACAUGUGGUGACAAUUCAAGUGGUGCCACACCACAAAGUGGAUCCACUGUUGUGGAAGAAAACAUCGACGCGUUGACACAAGUACAGUCACCACCACCAGCGUCACCUAUAUAUGACGUUGAUGUGUAUUGUGGGUGCAAGAAAUUUAUAGGAGACGACCAGGAGUAUACUACUAUUUCGGGUCAAAGUAACUGUAAAGGAUUGAUGAGUGAUGUCAAUGGAACAAAUGGUAAGAAAAUUGAAUGGAAACAUAAAAGUAAUGAGCAUGGAUUUACAAACAUGAAAGAUUUGUCUACUGACGUGUUUUUUCCUUCACGUAGACUAAGUAUAUGUUUUCAAGAUAUUGAUAGCACAUCGAAUAACGUUAAUAAUAAAGAGGAAUUGAGAAAACAAUUGAUGAAAGUGGCAUCAACAGAGGGAUAUAAUUUAGGACAAUAUUAUAAAAAAAAGAAAGAAAAAGAACAAACAGGAACUCCUGAAGAACAAAAAAAAUAUGCCUAUGAUGUUAGUCCCUGUAAUGCUAUGAAAUAUAGUUUUCUUGAUUUGAGAGAUAUUAUUAUAGGAACUGAUAACUUAGAACCACCAGAAAAUGGGACAGAAAAAAAUUUGAAUAAAGUAUUUAGUAGUGCGUCGUCUUCUGGUGGACAAACAAAUAGUGUUGACGGAAACCCUGGUAGUCCGGAACGUCAAAAAUGGUGGAACGAUCACGAGAAAUGUGUCUGGAAAGCUAUGUUAUGUGGUUACAAAAAAGGACGUGACGACAACGCAUCUAGUGGUAAUCCUAAACCUAGUGAAGAAGAACUAAAACAGUGUGACCAAAUACCACAAGAUAGUGACUACCCCCUUGGUAAUGACCGCGCUAGUGGCAAAAACCUCCAAUUUUUACGAUGGUUUGCCGAAUGGGGGGAAGACUUUUGUAAAAAAUACCACGUGGAGUUGGGGAAAUUGGAAAAGGCGUGUCAAAAUUUUACGUGUGGUAGUAGUAACGGUAAUCAACAACAAUGUCAGGAUGCGUGUAAAGUAUAUCAAAAAUUUAUUGAAGAAUGGAAAAAACAAUAUGAUAAACAAAAGAAAAAAUAUGAUGAACUUAAAGGAGAAGACAAAUAUAAGAAUGUUGAUGGAGUAAGUGGUUCAACUCAUGCUUAUCAAUAUUUAGACAAAUCGUUAAAAAAAAGUUGUCCAAAUAGUGGUACAACUAGUGGUAAUUGUAAUUGUAUGGGUGAAAAAUCGUCACAAACCACGUCCUCUAGUGGUGCAAACAUGCCAAAAUCCCUAGAUGACGUUACAAAAACUGACUACAAAAAUCAGUGUAAUUGUAACAACCCUAGACCCCCAAACCCCCCGAAACCGAUGCCAAAUCCAAAUCCAGCACAGGGACCAGGACAAAACCAGGAUUCACAAAACCCAACCAGUGGUAAAAACAUCGACACAAAGGGACAAGACCCGGAUUCACAAACACCAUCACCAUCCUCACCUGGUAGUAGUACUGACCCAAAACAAGGAAAAAACCCUGAUUCAUCUGGUGGUACCCAACCAAGUGGUGGUCAAAACCCUGGUACUACAGCUCCAGAAAAUAUGAAUUGUGUUGAAAAAGCGGCAAAUAAAAUUAGAGAAGAAGUAGCGGUAAAUAAAGUGGAUAGUGUGAAAGAUAAAUUGCAGGGAUCAGAAAACCAUGGUGUAUAUACAACAAAACAAAAGGAUGAUUGGGAUAAUAGUGAAAUAUGCACAAUUACACCUAGUACAGGACAAACCAAUACAUGUAAAAAUAAUGAAAAUCCUUUUGAUGAUAAGAACGUAUGGGAUUGUAACAACGACAAACUUAAAGUGGCCAACCAACAUAUAUGUUUACCCCCCAGAAGGAAACAUAUGUGUCUAACACCAUUAGAAACUAUAGACACAUCAACAACCACAACUUCUGACGCAUUAUUUAAAGAAGUGUUGCGUACUGCUGCUAAUGAAGGAAAACAUUUGAAAGACAAAUGGGAACAAACGAAAAAUACGAAGAUGAAAAAAACACAAAUAUGUGAUGCUAUGAAAUAUAGUUUUGCCGAUUUAGGUGAUAUAAUUAGAGGUAGGGAUAAAUAUACAGAUAAUAAUAGUAAAAUAGAAGAUAAUUUAAAAAAGAUUUUUGAAAACAUUAAAACACAAGUAGGUGGUGGUAAAUAUACUAAUGGUAAAAGUGAAGAUCCCCCCUAUAAAACAUUACGUGAACAUUGGUGGACAGCUAAUCGUGACAAAAUAUGGGAAGCAAUGACUUGUUCUGCUCCGCACGAUGCAAAUAUUUUUAUAAAAAAACAACAAAAUGGUACUAAUACUGAGGUACAGUAUUAUUGUGGGCAUAAAAGUGACCCACCCGUCGACGAUUUUAUACCGCAACCUUUACGUUGGAUAAAUGAAUGGUCUCAAGCAUAUUGUAAUGCGCAAAACUCUAUGUUGGAAACGAUGAAAAAUUGUGAAAAUUGUAAAAACGAGACUAAUGUCGGCUGUAAACAGAAAGUCCAUGGAUCAUGUAAAGAAUGUAAAGAAAAAUGUGAUAAAUACAAAGACUUUGUUGAUAAAUGGAAAACACAAUAUGAUAUUCUCAAGAAAUCAUAUGAAAACAUAUACCAAAAUGGCACAACUACUGGAAAAAAACCUAAUAGUGUUGAUGAAAAUACAAAAAAGUUUGUAGAAAAAUUACAAAAAAAUUGCCAAAACAUCCAAAACACCCAACAAACACAACAAACACAACAAACUCAACCUCCAGAUACUCUUGAUAAAUAUCUUGAUAAAGGAAAUAAUUGCAAAAAAUUCACCUUUGAUGAAAAAACAUCUAAUGGUAAAAAUUAUGCUUUUGAAACACCUCCAAAUUUUUUUAAAGACCAUUGUGGUUGUGCACAAAAAUUUGAAGAAGUGGAUCAGUGUCCUGUUGAGAAAAACCAUUGUGACGAAUAUGGUAAAAAUGGUACAUAUAGGUGCCCAAGCAAAUCAUUUAAUAGAAAUCCGAUAGAAUGGACGAGUAGUUUUGUAAAUAAAAAAGUAAGCAACUAUGAUGCUGUUAUGGUUCCUCCUAGAAGAAGACAUUUAUGUUUUAAAAGUAUUAAACAAUAUGCUGGUAGGGUAAAUGACGAAAAAAAAUUUAAGAAACAUAUUCUUGAUGCUGCAUACAAUGAAGCUAAAAAUUUAUGGGAAAUAUAUAGUAAUGAUCAACAAAAAGCUCUUGAGGCAAUGAAAUAUAGUUUUGCAGAUAUAGGAAAUAUUAUUAAAGGUGAUGAUAUGUUAGAUGAUGAUAUGGGUUCAGGUAAAGUGAAAGAAAUAUUCAAAAGGAUCCAGGAAAAAGAAAAUAAACAAAAUAGACAUUCUAUCCAAAAUAAUAAUGGAAUUGAUGAUGAAAUAAAAAAAAAACGUCAAAAUUGGUGGGAAAAUAAUAAAAAAAAAGUUUGGAAUGUUAUGAUGUGUCAUUAUACUGGAACAGGGAAAACAUCAACUAGUUGUCCAUCACAUGAUAAUAUUGAUGAAGAAGAUCAAUUUCUUCGAUGGUUAACAGAAUGGGCUCAAUAUUUCUGUAAAGAAAAAGUAGAAGAAGUGAAAGAAUUAAUUACGAAAUGUAAAAGCAACAUUAGUACAAACCAAAUUAAAACUAUGGAUCAAAUAAAAGAUACUUCUUGCACAGAAUUAAGAAAUAAAUAUUAUAAUUGGCGUAAUAAUAGACAAGUAGAAUGGGAAAAUCUAUCUGAAAAAUAUAAGAAUGAUAAAAAGAAUAAUGGAAAAUAUAAAGAAUGGCCAUCAACUGCAGAUUCUUAUGUCAAAUUAAGAUGUCCCGACUGCGACUGUACUUUUGAAGAAUUAGAAAAAUUAUAUGGAAAAAACCAGGACGAACAACAAUUUGUUAAAACAUUAAUCAAACAAAAUACUAUAAAUCAAAAUCAAAAGCAGGAUACAUCUAGUACAAAAAACGUUGAACCUCCACCUGUACCUCCACCUGCUCCAGGACCUGCUCCACCUGUUCUGCCAGAUUCAGGAUCAAACCCUGGACCAAAUCCUUCACAUCCUGGUGGUACAACCCCGUCACAACCACCCACACCAUCCGAAACCCCCAUAUUAUCUUCCACUCUUCCCGUUGGAAUAGGAGUUGUAUUAGGUUCUAUUGCUUUGUUAUUUUUUAUGAAGUAA